CCAAGAAGCCAUGAGGAUUCUCGUUGUGCUCGUCACUGCCAUUUUCACUGGCUGUAAUGCCAACCUCUUCUAUGCUGAUGAGCCCAAAUCAAAGCUGGAUCAGCUGACUGAUGCAUUCUGGGGCUACGUAGAUGGAGCCAGGCAGACAGCUGAUGACACCCUAGAGAAGAUCCAGCAGACUGAGAUUGCACAGGAUGUGUCAGCUCGUCUUCAAAAUGGUGCCGAAGUUGCUAACUUGUAUGCAGAAAUAGCCUGGGAGCAGGUUCCUCCAAUGGCAAAGGACGCAAUGGAAGGUGCUGGAAUGUUGCUUUAUGGAGUUUCUUUGCGUGCAGAAGAGGGGAUGACCAAUGUCAAGAGAAAUCUCGAGCCUCUGACUGAGAGGGUGGCACCUGUGGCAGAGAGAGUCCAGAGCGGGCUGACACAGGGAGCUGAGCAGGUGUUGGAGAUGGCCUCUCCAUAUUUUGAAAAGCUGAGGGACAGCCUGGAGCCAGUGGCAAAGCAGGUCCAGACUAAAGUCACCGGCCUGGUUGACUCUUUGGUGGGUUCAAACUAAGGCAAUAGAACUGAAAAGGGGCAUCAAAGGAAAUCAUGUCCUCUAAAGUCAAGCCUCUCAAUGUUAUUGAAAACAGAAGUUCACCUGUUUAAACAUACAUCUCUUUAUAUGUAUAAAGUACCAUGCAUUGUGUUUCCUAUAUUGUGGA